UCUCGGUGACAUCACAUCCAAGCUGGCAUCAUGGCGUCCAGCCGGGUGUUGGAGAGGGAGGCGCACAAGGAGGUGAUGAGGAGCGCAAACCUCGGCUUCUGCCCUCACAAAUACUCCCUGCUGAUCGUCGUCGGACGGACCGAUCAACACGUCCGGGCGGAACACGUGAUCAGGGAGCUCGAACGAGGUAUUCGGUGUUGGGACAUAGACUUGAAAUCCUGCAAUCUCAGUCUGUAUCUGCAAGAAUUCCUCUCCCAUCACACAGUUUCAUUCAAAGGCACAGGGCAGAAGUUUCUGCGCCACAGUACCAGAGUGUUGGACACUCAGGUGCUGGUCUGUCCCUCUCAGGAACAGGUUCAGGAACAGGUGUUUGGUCUGUUGGUGAGGGAAUCGGCACACAAACUGUUGAUUUUGGCUGGGCAGAGUGUGGAAGAAAGUGGAGACCUGAUAUUCCACAGAGGAUUGUUCUCACCACACCAACUGAAACACAUAUUAACUGUGCAGUUCCUGGAUCAAGAGAGCUCCUUCUCCUCAGUGUCCUCGUCUAAACUUAGUCUGACCCUCAGCUGCCCAAAUAUUGGCCACUGGAGGAGGACUCUCUUGGGGAACCAGUCUCUCCAGGGUCCCUUCACGCUCCACAUCAAUCCCCCAGAGGUACUGCCGGCCAUGGAGGCUCUGGGGGAAUUCACUUCCCUCAUUGCUGGUACCCUUUGCUCCCCGUCUCCCUUUGAGCUCCUUCCUCCUCCGACCAAUGUGGGGUUUCUCAAGCUGUCCCGCCCCUGCUGUUAUGUGUUCCCCGCUGGACGAGGUGACUGUGCUUUUUUUGCUAUUAACGGCUUCACGGUGCUGGUGGAUGGAGGUUCAGACUCUCAGGCCUGUUUCUGGAAGCUGGUGCGUCACCUGGACAGAGUGGAUGCAGUUUUGUUGACGCACAUCGGAACAGAGAACCUCCCUGGAAUUAACACCUUCCUGGAGAGGAAGGUGGCUGAGUCUGAGCUGAGUUCUGACCUCAAAGGCGACUUGACUAAGCGGCUGAUCUCCCCGGAGCUUGGAGUUGUGUUCUUCAACGCCCCCAGCAGGUUGCAGAUGGAAAAACAGUCUUGCAUGGACAAUGUACUGAAGAGUACAGACCAGGCAUCCUUCACAUUACGGUUGUUAAACAAGUUAGACAUCAGUCCACAUCCAAUGUUUCGACCCCAUGGUGUCCCCAUUGAGCCACUAACCCUGUUCCAGAAGAUGGGAGUUGGACAGCUGGAUUUGUACAUCCUCAACCCAAGCAAAAACAGCCAGGAGUACCAAACACUGAUGGACAACUGGCCUGAUACAGGAUCAUCACUGUCAAAAUCCCAAACAAUCCCUCUCACCGCUUUGGCCUCAGUGUCUGCCCUGCUUGUAUGGCACCCAGCGUGCUCCCAGGAGAAGGUGAUCAGGGUUCUGUUUCCUGGUGUUACUCCACAGGCAAAGCUGCUGCAGGGGCUGGAGAAGCUAAAAGGGCUUCUCUUCCUACAGAAACCCACCGUGACAACUGGGGACCUCGAGAAGUUAGCGGCAGACACAAACACCAAAAGAAAAGAGAGUCAGGACAGCGGCAGGUCACAGGGGAGAGAGACAACACCCCGAUAUGGGAAAGAACGUAGAGGUCGAGAAGAUGGUAAAGAGAUGAACGAGAAAGGAAAAGUUUUAAAUGGAAUUGCUACAAGAGAGGAGUUCAAAAAAGAUAUAAGUAAAAUGAAAGACACGGGUGUCAAGCAAAAAGCAUCUGAUAAGAAUACUGUGAAGAAAGGCAGAGUGAAAGAUGGGGACAAGGAGGAGAAAACUGGCAGUAAAGAGGGUGAUGGAUUGAUGAAGAAAGACCUCGCCUCUUCUAAACCAAAGACUGAAAAUAAAACUAAGAUCAGAAAGGGAGCGAAAAAUGAUUCAAAAACAGGUGGAAAGAAAAUCACCAAACCAUCUGGAAAUGAGUCAAAGACAGAUUCUUCUUUAGAUGGGAAGAAUGUACUUCUCACCAAUCAAGUGCCAAAGAACACAGCAAUGAAAAACAACAAAAACACAGAGCCAAACAGCACUGAAGUGAACCGGGAGAAUCAAAAAGUGGAGAAAGAGCCUCAAGAAAUGCCAUAUGACUUUGAAAUGUCUCCUCCAGAGGACAUGACAGCAGAUUUUCUUAGGCUAAGGGAGGAAACCAUGGAAGAAGGUGCACAGGUGGAAACAGCAGGUAAUGGAAAACAGACAAGUGGUGAGUCACAGAGACAAAAGAGCCUCGGAGGUCUGUGCCAAGAACAAAGUAAUGACACUGCUGAUUUGCAGAGGGAAGAGUCAGCAGGUGCCUCAGGCACUGCGGGAGGCGAGAUGUUUAGUGAUAAGGGAGGACAACACAAGGGUGGAACUCAAGAGAAAGCCGAGGUAGGUCUUCCACACAGAUCUGCAGCACAGUGUAGAAUGGCUACCAAAGAAACGCCAUUGACAUUUGUAGGGUUUCCAUCUCCCUUGAACAAAGCGCCAAAGAAUGAGUGCACUGAUGAGCUCGACCUGACACCAACUGAAUAUACUCUCUUGGAUGGAGCUUUGAGGCACAGUCCUCCUUCACGAUCUUCUCAAGAGAACCAGGCUGCACUCAGCCCUGAGGAGGAGACGGUAGAACCUGCCUCCCCUGAUUCACGGCCCAACAGUGCAGGCCACACACCUUACUGUCUGUCUCCAGAUGAUGUGUGGUGCAAUAGGAUGGGUCUUGGCAGAUUACAAACCCAGAUGGUUAACUUAGAGGUCAGUGAUGUCUCCCAGGCAAAUGGGUUGUCUAGACAAAGCGAGGGACAAGCACACCAGGCCAAGAUCGCUCUGGAGAACAAGUUGUCGAACCCUCGAGAGAAGCACAUAAGUUUCCUCUGUUUGGGUUCAUUUAAAGAUGAUGCUUCUGACCCCUCUCCAUCUCUUGCCACGACAACCACCACACACUCAUUGCCAGCCGAAGUGAGCUCACCCCAAUCCACAGAAGUGGACGAAUCACUGUCCAUGUCCUUAGAGCAGGGACCAACCAGCCAAAGAGAUGGGGAGGACAGUGUUCAUCACUCCCACUCAAAUGGGAGCCACUUUGUGGCGAUGUCUUUACAAAUGAAGAAACCUUCCAGAUCUUUAGGACAGGGUUCAGAAAUGGGGCGUUCUCCAGCAUCCAAUAGCCUUCACUGUGACGUGUCACCUCAUGACGUGGACCUGUGUUUGGUUUCACCUUGUGAGUUCAAGCAUUUCAAACCGCCUGACUCCAGCUCAGGUACAAGUGAGUCCCUCAGAGGAGCCCUAGGUCCAUACCAAGGGAACAACAACAACCCCAAAAAGACAUCAACCAGUGAAUCACACGCUCCUGUUUGCACAGAGGACUGCCCAUCCACUACUGCAGAUGGAGCUCUGGACUCUGAUGAAGAAGAAUCAUGUAGUGAACCACCUAACUCCCCACGAGAACUUCCAACCAGCCAUUCCCUGCCUCCGGACCCUCUUCCGGCUCCCCUCAGGGACAGUCCGCCCUUACUUCCACAUCCUGAAGCAUCCAUGCCUGUUCCCCAGUCUGAUGCUGACGCUCAUGGAAAGAGAACCAAAUCUAAUGGCAUGCGAGGGAAAAAGACAUCAGGGGUUAUUGAAGGUUCCCAAAGGUCCGGCUCAGGGAAAAGCAAAACUGGGAGCCAAAUUGGAGGCACAAAAGGCAACAGGGAUAAUCAGACUUCUACUCGUAAGCCUUCUGUCAGUGCCCACGCAGCACCGGCAAAGCCUUCGACCAGUCCCGGCUGUAAGUCGUCUUCUAUAGGUGAAGACAGUGUGUAUUUAGACCUGGCCUAUAUUCCCUCUGGACCAUCAUCCUCUACAGUCAAUGUGGACUUCUUCAAGUGUGUCCGGUCAUCAUGCUACAUCAUCAGCGGCAACAGUCCAGAGAGGGAGGAGCUUAUGAGGCAAACGCUGGACGCGCUGCUUGAUGGAAAGGUGUCCUGGCCUGACCCUGUGCAGGUAACACUGAUCCCGACCUUUGAGUCGGUGUUGAUGCAGGAGUGGUACCAGCAGACUCUGGACAGACAGCGGGAGCUGGGUAUCACAGUCCUUGGUUCCAACAGCACCGUUGCCAUGCAGGACGAGACCUUUCCUGCGUGUAAAAUAGAAUUCUGAACUAGGCUGAUGGUGAAAACUGAAAUCUAAAUGUGAGAGACUGAAAGAAAGAAAGGAGUCUGUGUGAUCCUUGAUACA